AUGGCCAUCACUCGCCUCACGCAUCGCAUUCAAGCUCGACAGCUCCGCUCGGGCUUCUGCCUCGCUGUAACGCCAAAUGCCAUAUCAUCACCGCCGCAUCGCGCUUCCAAGUCUCGCCAACAUCCAAAACCAGUGAAGGAACGAAAGGGAGCUGACAGGCGAUCUACACACUCCCAACAGGUCGAUCAGCUGAGAGGAAGUUGUGUUGACGACUUUCAGAGCCUCCUUCAUAAUACCCCGGCGCUGGACGAGGAACAAAGGAUCGCUUGUGACGCCAGCGGAACAGGCCAUCGUCUGCAUCCAAGCUGUCCAGUAUCCCAUUGUGAUACAUUAAAUCUGCUGGACGAGACGUCCCUGGUGUUAUCCUUACCAACGUGUGACCAGCCUCUUCCCGACGUGGAGAUUGGCCGCCCAGCUGUGGUACCCCGAGAAGAGGGAGUGGCAAACGACCCUAUCAGCCUGCAGGAAUUAUUCCUAUUUAGUCUCGAGGAUGCAGGACUCCCUCACGACGGAUUCUGGGACAUUACCGCCGCCUAUGACAUUAAUUACUGCGUUCACCACGAUGAAACCGAGUACCUCUUGGGCACUGCGAAUAGGUGGAUCUCUCCUGAUGACCUUGAUGUUCCGAACGCCGAGUCUUUACUGGAGGAGGAGCUACAGAAGUUCGAGCUACAGAAGGCUGAGGGCAGUCUGCCGAGCUUUGAUCCACAUUUACCAAGAAAUCAAGCAGGAUGCUCAGACACACUCUCUUCACACAUAUAUCGCGUUGUCCACAAGCAUGAGCAUGAUGGGAGAGUCUGGUACUUAGUAGAGUGGCGGGCCUGUUGGACCCCUGAAAGCAAAAUUGGUGACAUGAGUUGGAUUCCUGAAUCGCUGGCAGCCAACCAAAAGAGUCAGCACUGGCGGCGAAGCGCGAGGCUCAAAGAGAACUUUGAAAGCAGGAAGAAAACUUACCAAAGGAUGGCGUCGGUCGUGAAUCUCGAUUGUUGA